AGUAGUCAGUCUUUGUAGUUUUUCAUUGAUUCUAUUUUAUUUGCCCGUUUUACUGUGAAUGUCCUCCAGAAAACGAAUCUCGAGGUAGUGUAUAGUGACAAAUACAUAAUAUUAAAUAUUCUCUGAACUUUGAUUAUUUCACUAUAUUACUCAUUCAUCUGCAUCAGUUUUAAGGAUAGAGUGAAAUGUGUGAGAACGGCACUUCCGAGGACGCCGAUCGUGCCGGUGCAAAGUUUCUUUGUACCGCGGCAUUGCGUUUUUCGACCGCAGGUGCUGGAAUCUGGAGCAACGCACAAAGGAUAGGAGGAGCUCAGCAGGUCAGGCAGUAACCGUGGAGAUAAAGGACAAUCCCGAUGAAGUGUCCCGACCCGAAGCGUCGACUGUCCACUCCCCCCGCCCCCACGCUGCCUGACCCCUCCAACGCUUUGUGUGUUGUUUGCAUUUUUGUUUACUUCUCACUACUGUUCGAUUUGGCUUUUAAAAGUCAACAUGUAAACUCCACCACCCUUUCGGCACAUUCCGGAUCACAACUUGCUGCCAAAUGGGGAAUCUCUUCACUUUCCUCCUGGUUUCUUUGUGCCAGUUACAUCUCAAGUCUGCCAGAGGAAGCAGGUUCUCCUUCUAACUUUGUGGAUUCCUUCGCCUUCCCCGGAUCGUCAUUUCCAAAAUCUGCAGAGUUGCGCCCGUGAUUCUCCCGAUGUGUGUCCGAGUCUCCCCGGGCUGGAUCUGAGUAGCAACAAUUUUAUUGGGGAUGUUGUUGCCGCGAGUAAAUGCGCCCCAUUAAUAGCCGGCCAAACAGAUGCAGCGCUUCGCACACACUCCGAUUGUUCUUCAUCUGCGUCUGACAUCAGAGGGGCUUUUGUAGGCGUGCGCUGAUGCCCGAGGGGAGGCGGAAGAGUUCAUUCCGACUUGCAGCCGGGGUUGUGUCUGGAUCUGUACGCACGGCCGGCCGCCUCUCCGAACCCGCGCUUCAGCCAGACUCCGCUCUUGGUAGUCAAGUUGACCGCGGAUCCAGCCAGCCAAGCGGAACCCUACCGGGACUGAGCUUACCUCCGGUCACAGGUUGGCGAAAAUUUAUCUCUCCCACCCCUCUGCUUUUGUUUUCGCCCGAAUUGGACUCUGCCAGACAUCUGGCCAAGUGCUGAACAAACUUUGGGAGAGGGCUUGCGGGAGAAGUGACAGGCGUUCGGCGCCCCGCAGCAACAGAGAGGUUGGACGAAGGGCGGCUUGAUCUCUGAAGCCGCCGAGUACGGCCUACCCACCCUUGGUCCCCUCCAGCAUCUCCGCACUCCUACCACCCUUGGGGCACUGAGCGAGGAAUGGCAAGUAGCUUCGGAGGGGCGUGAUCUGGUCAAACUGCGCCCCACGGGAACCUCGGCCGCAAACUGCUGGCGAUCGGCGGGCCAUGGAGGAAGACACGGCCGCUGUCUGCGAGCCCCGGUCCCCCUCGGCCGGCUUGCCCGAAGCCUUCUGCACUCUGUGGAGCGACGUAAUGGGGAUGUUGGAUGGAUCACUGGGACACAUUGACGACCUGGCUCAGCAGUACACAGAAUACUACAACACUUGCCUCAGCAACAGCACUGAUUGCAUGGAAGAGCUUUACACGCGUAGUGUUUCAGAGGAUCUGGAGCUGGAAAGUUCGGCUGCCAAUCCACUCUCCCCACAGCUGCCGUCUGAGACUAGAGAGUCACGUGUGUUGGGGAGUGCAGUGUCAACACCAGAGAGUGAAAGGAAGCAUUUGAUUUGUAAGUCGACUUUGGAGGAUGGAUCAGUUGGAAGUGCUGACUGGAAAAAGAAAAAUAAAUCCUUCUGGCAGAGUUUUCGGAAACUGCAGAAAGGGAACACAGUGCGGGAAUUAUGUAAAGGAGAUGAUGUUGGAUUCGUGGCGAGUGAGAUCACUAUGAGUGACGAAGACCGCAUUGAGCUGAUGAUGAUGGUCAAAGAUAAGAUGAUAACGAUUGAGGAGGCACUUGCCAAGCUGAAAGAAUACGAGUGUCACAGCAAGGUGUGUGCGAGUUCAGAUUCUGCCCACUUGGCACCUGGAAGCCAGGAGCAUUUUGACGAAUCCUCAGAUGGUGGUGUAUGGGAACAGUUGGAUGAUGAUCUCCAAGAGGUGAAGUUCAAAAGGCUCCACAAGUUGGUUUCUUCCAAGCGCAGAUCAAAGAAGAAACUUGUCAAGGUGGAAGAAAUGAAGAGUGCACCUAUGGCAGAAAACUCCUUCGAUGGGACCUGCAGCAAGCAGGUGGAGUCUCUACAGGAUGAAAGAUCGCUGAAUUUUUUCCGGCCAAAGAGCAGCAAGACACAGCCGUGCUGCAGUGAAUCAAUGCAGAGGCAGGCUGUGGAUGACCCAGCAACCUUAACGACGCCUGGUGUAUCCCUGUCUCCCGGUGGUCCGGAAGGUCAGACGGGCAAGAAGCUUGUCAAGUCUCCUCAUGCGUCAUCUGAGUUCAGCACUGUAAUGCCUCCAAAGAGAUCAGGGAAAAAGUUGUCUGACUCAGAAAUUAGUGAAGGCAAGUCACACAGGAUUCUUCACUCUCCGACUGACAACCUUGCAGCUCAGCUUCAAGGGUGUGAUUGCAGUGAGAAGGGAGGCAUGGCAAAGUCCCCUGCAAGUUCACGGAAAUCGCUGAGCAGAAAGGUCAAGUCAGUAAAAGAGACGGUCAGAAGGAAGAUUACAAAGACGUACAGUGGUAGCACAACCCCUCAGCUGACCAGUGAAGCAGUGUCACCUCCUGCCCAGCUUACUGAGACAGCCGACAGAUCGAGGCUCAAGCUGCCAGGGGGUGGUUCGGUGGAGAGUCUGCGCAGCUCCUUGAGUGGCCAGAGCUCGAUGAGUGGUCAAACAGUGAGCACCACAGACUCGUCAGCCAGCAACAGGGAGAGUGUGAAAUCAGAAGAUGGGGAGGAGGAAGAAUCUGCCUACCAGGGCCCUUUCUGUGGCCGUGCCAGAGUCCACACUGAUUUUAUCCCAAGCCCGUAUGACACCGAUUCACUGAAACUCAAGAAAGGUGACGUGAUAGAUAUAAUCAGCAAACCCCCGGGGGGAACGUGGAUGGGCCUGCUAAACAAUAAGGUUGGAACGUUCAAGUUCAUUUACAUGGAUGUUGUGAACGAUGAAGUGGAAAAGCCGAAGAGGCCGAGGAGGAGGAGACGAGGAGGCAAACACCCCAAGCCACACACUGUUCAGGAGCUGCUCCGGCGAUAUGACCUGGAGCAACACAUGCCAACUCUGCUGUUGAAUGGCUACGAGGACUUGGACACGUUCAAGCUGCUGCAGGAGGAGGACUUGGACGAGCUGAACAUCCUGGAGCCAGAGCAGAGGUCUCGGCUGUUGCUGGCCGUUGAACUCCUGCACGACUAUGACAGUAACAGUGACAAGGAUCUGCCCGGUGAAUGUGCUCCCAAGGAAACCUUACCCCGCUAUUCGAAUAAGACCACUGGCUCAGACCCGCAGAGGCAAUCUCCUUGGGACUCAGGCUGCUUUGAGGAGAGUGGAUUUCCUGAGAAUGGGUUGGACCUAAGGAAGGACAACCGGCCAAACACAGAAGGCAAAAGCAGGAAGUCAUGGCCGUUAGUGACAGCAGGAUCGCUGGCAAAACUGGGGUUACCAUUCCAGUGCCCACCAUCAGAACACCUGCCAGUCCACGCCACAGACGCUUUUGGGAACGUAGACUUUGGGAGAGACGAGGAAAAGCCGGCAACCCUGUGCGCCUCCCCCUGUGUUCGGUUGGGUUACACCGGGCUUCCAGUUCCUCCCCAGGGCUGUCAGAGGUUGCCGGCCAGGACGAAUUCGGAGGACCUGGUGCACUGCCAUGCUGCCCGGAAGCCGUGGCAACGGUCCCGCUCCUUGGAUGAGCUGCACCGAGGUGCCCACUCUCCCUCGGGUGCAGGAGCUCGGCCUGCGCCGCCUCAGCAGGUGGGACUCGGCACGCGUGGGGCUGCAGGAGCCCAGGGAGAGCAGCCGGCAGCCGGCAACCUUGCCCCCGCCCUGCUGACAGCUCGGGUCGCCGCCCCGUGUCCGCCGUCGGAAGGGAGGAGUGUGCUCUCCCCGACUCCAACGUGUGACCUGCCCGGUCAAACGCCGCUUGAGCAAGCGGCCAGUUGCAGAGACCAGGCGGGGACGUGCACUUCAACAAAAGACCCAGAGACAGUGACCGAAAGCAAACCGCGUAGCCACCACCCUUCUCAGCCACCACCCGUGCCUGCCAAGAAAUGCAGAGACUAUAUGAGAAAUGGAAUCCUCCCCACCUCUCGCGUGUUAAACAGCUCUAACUCUUCUACUGGCAGCCAGUACAGACUGGCGCCCACUUUGCACGCGCACUGUCCCACUGCCGAACCAGCCAGCUUACCGCAGAUACCCUGCCCUCCGGUGUCUGCCCCGGCCGAGGCCUCCUGCACGCCACAGCUGAGGGUGAAGCUGUGUCCCGCCUCUGGACGGAAGCCCCCCCGGAUGCGAGAGGUGGAACUAGAAACGUUAAUAGAGAACAAGUUAGAGUUGGAAGCAAUUGAUCUGACAGAGAAACCCUACUCCGAUAAGCAUGGUCGCUGUGGGAUUCCGAUGGCACUAAUAGAGAGGUAUUCGGAGAGCCUGCAGCACUCGCUGGAGCAGGUGGCUGCAGCCAUGGACCUUGUCAGAGUCAGACAGCUUCGCAAGCAGCAUCGAAUGGCCAUUCCGAGUUCCUUCGAUAAGAUGAGCAAAAAUUCGACAGCCCUAGAACUGCCCAAGUCUUCGCGGAGCUGAUCUUCGGAGGAUUGGCACGGAUCUCAUCUCAUCAUCAGCACUCCGAGGCGUUAGUUAGAAACCUGAUGGAAGCAAGGCCAGCAGGUCCCUGUGGUAAAACCAGGUGUGAACACGGAGAGGCACAGGUUCCCCCCCCCCCCACCCCCACCAGGGGUCCGAUCGAACAAAGUGAGGGGCGACGGAAGAAGCAGUGUGGAGCGGAGGUGCCCACCGUGAGGUUGUGGGGUGACGGUGGGGAGCCCUCCUGAUGAGGCGGUGUUUCCUCCUUGGUAGAGAGGACUUCCGCACACAUCACUGCUGGCGUUUCUCCACUGCCAGCAUUCAUGUGCAUAUCACAAAGUCAACCACUGCUGUGUCAAAUAAUCACUGAAGACUUUAGUGUAAAGCACACCCACUACAAGCAGCUCUCUCAUUUUCUAACCUAGGCUCGCGCUCGGAGCACGGACGCUCUUCCGCUGUCUGUGUUGGGACAUCGGGCCAUUCUAACUCUCCACUUCAAACCCA